GCGGCGGCCGCCAGUCGAGGCGUGCGCGUCAUCACGACACGUCACGGCUACCCUUACAAUACAAAUUCACCGCCAAAAUCGGAGUUCGUCACGACAUUGUUCCAAAUAUAAACUUUCUUAAUUUCAAACUGUGAUACCUAGCCUUUUUGUCUAUAAAAAAAAAAUGUAAAAAUUUUUUUUCUAAAAAGUUGCCAAUAUUUUUGUGAAGUUUUCGAAUUGGCGGGUGUCGGGUUGAUGUGUGCGAGCGAGAGGUGUGAUAUGGAAAGCCCCGGCGAGGAAACGGGACGGGUAGUUCCUCCCGCACCGCACACCGCCGCCGCUCCUCAGCCCAACAAUGGCUCCAAUAAGAUCAUCGGACGAAAUGUGAAUGGGACCAUGGUCGUGACGUCGGCUCCUGCAAAUGAGGCAGAACUACAAUUGUACAGGGUGAUGCAACGAGCCAGCCUGUUGGCUUACUACGACACCCUGUUGGAGAUGGGUGGGGAUGAUGUACAGCAAUUGUGUGAUGCUGGAGAGGAAGAAUUUCUUGAAAUAAUGGCUUUAGUAGGCAUGGCUUCAAAGCCUCUCCACGUCAGACGACUACAAAAAGCCCUUCAGGAAUGGGUCAACAAUCCUGCCCUUUUCCAAAUUCCAAUUGUUCCUAACCUCUGUCCAACUGAAAAUCCCUUUAUACAAUGUAACCAAAGACUCCUUAAUAUGCCCCUUCAAUUCCAAUGUCUUACCGAGGACGGUGGCGUCUCCUGAAAGUAGUAGACCAAUGUACAGCCCGUCUCCUGGUGCUCCUGAGAACAGUUGUGGGUCCACUGCCUCCGCACCUAACGCUAGUCCUGUUCACCAAGUGAAUACAUUUACAAAGAUAGUCUUACCGCCGUCUCCUGCUCCAGCAGCCCCUGUUACGUCAACAGCUUCCAGAUCAUUUUCCCCACAAAGUGCCUGUCCACCCGCUUCGGCUGGUUCCAGCCCAAGUUCAGUUACAUCACCAGUUCAGCUGACGCCAGUACUCUUGGACGUUCACGUGCAGAAGUUGGCCGCAGCUGCUGAGAAGUUGAGCAAACAUUUGCCCCAACUGGAACCAAAGCCACAGAAUACAAAGAAAAAGAUGUGCAAGGAUUUAGAACUAGUGAUGAUGAUGCCGGAGUCAGAUCCGAGGCGGAUGGAGGAAAUUAGAAAGUACGCAGCAAUUUAUGGAAGGUUUGAUUGUAAGAGGAAGCCUGAGAAACCAUUAACGCUGCACGAGGUAAUGGUGAAUGAAGCGGCGGCUCAGAUAUGUCGUUGUGUGCCUGCACUCCUGACAAGGAGGGACGAGCUCUUCCCUCUGGCAAGACAGUUAGUCAGGAGGGCUGGCUUACAUUAUUCUAAACACGGCCUCCCACCCACAGCGUCAACAGGCGAGGACCGGGAGCGUGACGAGGACGAGACGCCUCCGAAGCGAUCGCGGCAGGAAGGCGAGGAAGGAAACGGUAUCCGAGCGAGUCCUGAUGCAGCCAGAAGUAAUUCCAAUAGUUGGUGGGGCGUGAAGGCAGAGAGUGACGACGCUGACUCGAGGUGUUCAUACUCCAGUACUAGUACUCCACCACCAGAUGCAGACGAGUCUCGUCCACAAGUGGUGGCCGCUCGCGGCGACAGCAUCAUCGCGGUGGCCAACCCCGCGCUGCACGCACCGCACCCCCCACACGCACCGCAUACCCCGCACCCCGCCAGGAACCACUCCAACUGA